AUGCCAUCUACAGCUCGUCAGAAGAGGUGUCUAUAAAUUGCAAGGGACUUCCAGUGUCUCAAUGCUUCACAUGGAACACAACACACCUUGAAAAUAACGCAGGACGGAACUGGAUUAUCUCUGCUUUAAUUUUUGAAUUCAAAAAUUGGAUUACAAUACGUAAUUUAAUCAGUGAGUGUAAUGCUGCCCUUGAGCAGGACCUUGUGCUGGCAAACACUUUCCACAGAGAAGCUCAGAUAUUUGAACCAGUGUCCUACAGGGUCUUGACAGGACUGCACUGCAGUUGUUCUUUGUUAAGUUGAGAAGACAGAACCAUAACCACUACAAUCAAAGCUGUUCUGAUGCAAGCAUGGUUGGAAUCAAACCCACAGAACUGGCACCAACUGCCACCAUAAAGUUCUUUGGAGCUGGAACUGCAGGAUGUAUUGCGGACCUUAUCACAUUCCCACUAGACACUGCUAAAGUCAGGCUGCAGAUACAAGGAGAGGCGAAGGCAGUGGAUGGGGCCAAAGGAGUGAAGUAUCGCGGUGUGUUUGGCACCAUUGCCACCAUGGUGCGCACAGAGGGGCCCAGGAGUCUGUACAAUGGGCUGGUAGCAGGGCUGCAGAGACAGAUGAGCUUUGCCUCAGUUCGUAUCGGGCUCUACGACUCCAUGAAGCAGUUCUACACCCGAGGAUCAGAGAACGCCAGUAUUGUCAGUCGGCUGAUGGCGGGCUGCACAACAGGGGCAAUGGCUGUGGCAAUUGCUCAGCCGACAGAUGUGGUCAAAGUACGUUUCCAGGCCCAGGUGAGACCGGCAGAUGGGGUGAAGAGGUACAACGGCACCAUGGAUGCCUACAGGACUAUCGCCAGGGACGAAGGCAUCAGGGGACUCUGGAAAGGUUGUAUGCCUAAUAUAACACGCAAUGCCAUUGUGAACUGCGCAGAGCUGGUGACCUAUGACAUCAUCAAGGAGCUCAUUCUGAAAUAUGACCUCAUGACAGACAAUUUGCCCUGUCACUUCACUGCCGCUUUUGGUGCUGGUUGGUGCACCACCAUUGUGGCGUCUCCGGUUGAUGUGGUGAAGACUCGUUUCAUGAACUCUACUCCCGGCCAGUACAGCAAUGCCAUAAACUGUGCAGUCACCAUGCUGACCAAGGAGGGACCCACUGCUUUCUACAAAGGGUUUAUGCCAUCCUUCCUUAGACUGGGCUCCUGGAACAUUGUAAUGUUUGUCUCCUAUGAGCAAAUCAAGAGAGCUAUGACUAUAGCACAACAGUCCUGGGAAUCCCCCUUCUGAACUGUGAUUCCUUUACCGUAAUCAUAAUGCUGGACAUCUUGGGAACUGUACAGGAUCACUGGUGUGUAACUGCUUCCUGUUCCUGGGGCAUGAAGAUGCCAGACUUGCAAAUAAAACCACUGGACAGGAUAGUAGUUCAGAGCCCAUGAGAGGACCAGAGGCAUUGAUAUCCUCAAGACGGACACUCACAGUCCCUUUUUGUGUCAUCUUUAUCACCCAGGCAUGGGAGUCUCCUUCUAUCUGUAAAAGACUGUACAGUACAUGAAAAUAAAUGUUUACAAGUAAUUUUUUAAAUUACUUUUUCAGUUUGAACAUGGCAUUGUGUUUAGAUGAAGGUUUUGUGUAUCGCUGGCCGAUGUUACCCAGGUAUAAAUCUAUGUGUGUAUCCAUUGCAUAAUUAUAUGUUUACAGUUGGUGCAAUGUAAAAUGCUCUGUGAGUAAUGUUCUUUUUUUGUAAAUCUCUCUGGGUAAGGGCAUCUGCUGAGUGAAUGCAAUGAAUGAUGAAUGAAAAAGAAAACUGCAGAUAAACAAAAUGAAAAAAGUAAAUGCAAUCAAUUAAUCUUACAGUCUGGAUUUAUGGAUUAUGCUGUAUUACAAUAGCAUACAAUGGUUUAACAAAAGCGGCUUGAACCAUUUGAAUGUUUCCUGUAAAACAGCACUUAGCCCUACUGCUGCUACAUAUGGCAAAGUGGUGAGGCCAGUUCAUUCCAGGUGGAUGCAGAUUUGGGUUGAAAAUCUGUAGCGGGACACUGCUAUUGUCCCACCAGUCACUUACUGUAUGUUUCUUUGGAUAGAAGCGUCUGUCAAAUAAAUGUAAAGUAAUAUAA